AUGGAUUGGAUCUCUCUUCGACGCCUACUCCUGGCCUGCGUGAGCUUGACCUGGCUUGUUGAGUUCGCAAUCGGAGCCUCCAACCGGACGAAGCCACUGGUCGUACCUCCAAGCCAGUAUUGGGAUGGAAACGAUGGCCCAUGGUCGACAUUUUGGACGACCGUCGGCACACCGGGAGGAAGCAUCAGGCUGCUACCAUCCACAUCCAGCAAUGCGAUAUGGCCAGUCCUUCCGGAAGGCUGUACAAAGGACGAUCCGGUCGACUGUCGCCAAUCUCGAGGCGAGUUCUUUUACCAAGGAAACUCGUCAACAUAUUCGGAUAUUGGGCUGUAUACGCUGGCGAUGCUUGCCGAGGAGCCAUUAGGGUAUAGUGCCAACACAAGUUCUGGAUAUGAUAGCGUCAAGCUUGGCCUUGCAUCCGACAGCUCGCUAGUCGCGAGUCAUCAGGUCAUUGAGGGUGUCGCCACCAAGGAUUUUUAUCUCGGGGCCCUAGGACUGAGCCCGAACGCGAUCAACACCUCGUCUCUUGGAAAUUCCACCCCAAGCUUGAUGGCUGAUCUCAAGACCCAGGCGAUUAUUCCUAGUCUCACCUGGGGGUAUACGGCUGGGGCAUCCUAUGCUCAACCUCCAGCCUAUGGCAGCCUCACUUUGGGAGGAUAUGAUGCCUCCAGAUUCGUCCCGAACAACGUUUCCUUCCCUUUUGGACCAGAUUUAAGCCGCGAUCUUCUUGUCUCCGUCCAGAGAAUCCAAUUUAGCAAUCAGGCUGUGGCAGGUCCACUUGAAUCGGGCAUCUAUGCGCUGCUGGAUUCGCUCGUGCCUGACAUUUGGUUGCCUAAGGACGUCUGUCAAACGUUUGAAGCCGCUUUUGGUCUCACCUACAACGAAACAGCCAAUAUGUAUUUCGUCAAUGACACGCUCCACCAAUCGUUGAAAUCACAGAAUGCAAGUGUGGUUUUCAGUCUCAGUCCCUCCGCACAAAGCUCCGGAGUUGCACAAACUGUGUCCAUCACCUUGCAGUACUCGAGUUUCGACCUGCAGUUGAAACAGCCGAGCUUGUCGAAUGAGACUCGAUAUUUUCCACUUCGACGAGCGGACAACGCAACGCAGUAUACACUUGGCCGGACGUUCUUCCAGGAGGCCUACGUUAUCGCCAACUAUGAAUAUAGAAACUUUUCGGUUGCGCAAGCGAAGUUUCCAGACCUUGAUACGGAAGAAGAUAUUGUUACAUUACCUUCAGCAGAGUCCCAAAGUCAGGACGUUAAGUCUAGCAAACUGAGCGCAGGAGCCAUAGCCGGCAUCGUCAUUGGAAUGGUUGUCUUCCUAGCGAUCCUAAUGCUUGCGGUUUGGCUGUGGCGAAGGGCUCGAAAGGCUGCAAUACUCAAAGCCAAGAAUGCGGAGCCAGAUUCGACAGACUAUCGAAAGGCGGAACUUGCGGGACAGGGCUUGGUGGAGGCACCCUCAGAGACCAUCCGAGAAAAACCAGUGAUCGAACUUUCCAGUCCCGAUGGCCAGAAAUAUGAAAUGCAUGGCGAAAGCCCGAGGUAUGAGUUGUAUGCUGGACCCGAUCGUCCGGAGCUGCGGGGAAAUAGUCCAGUGGGUUUUUGGAGAGACUCGAAUACUGUGCUUGGAUCUGGGACAGAUACGCCGAAGUCGAAGUCGAGCAACCGUUGA